AGGCUCCUCUAGAGUGUGCAGGGCUGGAGGAGUCCAGAGGCUGGGUGUGCGCGUUCCGUGCUCAGCCCUGAUUGGGGAGGGCCGCCCCAAAUUGCUCUCCGGCGCGCGGGUGCCCCAGCCACAGGGCGCAGCAGCACACUGCCGUGCCCUUCCCUAGGUGAUCUGAUCCACUCCAGGCCCCCCUGCUCGGUCCCCGGAAGUACGCGCCAGUCGUCCUAGAGAAGACCGAGUGCCUGCCCCGUGCCAUGCUCACUCCAUGAAUUUUGACUCGCUCGAUAUUGUAUCAUCACUACGAAGUUCAUUGCAGAAGCACAGAGAGGCUGCAACAUUUGCCUCACAUCACACAGCUCAUUAGUGCUGGGGCCAACAUUCACAUAAACCUUUGGAUUUCAGAACACACACUCUUCUUGCUACAAAGGAGAGAGGGAGGGGCUGCACUGAGCCUGAAGAGAGAGAGGGGCUGCACUGAGCCUGAAGACAUAUCCAGGAGCUCUUCUCCAUGCCACAUGAAGCUGCCCCUCAGCCCCAGCACGGAACCAGUGGCCACGGAGCCCUUGGGAAUGGCUCUGCUCAGCAGCAUCCUGGCAGCCUGGUCUUAUAUCUCAGAAAACCCUGAGCGAGCCGCUCUGUACUUUGUCUCUGGAGUGUGCAUUGGCCUGUUCCUGACCUUGGCCGCCUUGGUGAUGAGGAUCUCCUGCCACACGGACUGCCGGCGAGGUCCCCGGAGGAGGUGCUUGCAGGACCGCGAGUGCAGCGACAGCAGCGACAGCGAGGAUGGUAGCGAGGACACAGCCUCUGACCUCUCGGUGCGCAGACACCGCCGCUUCGAGAGGACUUUGAAUAAGAACGUGUUCACCUCUGCAGAGGAGCUGGAGCGCGCACAGCGCUUGGAGGAGCGCGAACGAAUCAUCAGGGAGAUCUGGAUGAACGGGCAGCCUGAGGUGCCGGGCACCAGGAGCCUGAACCGAUACUACUAGGGCUCAGUGUGCACCCCAGAACCUCUGCAGAUCGCCGGGAUGAGAGUGGGUUCUGCAGGCAAGGACGAUGUGCAAGAGCUGAAACCAGCUCUGUUAAUGUGGCUGGAGAGUGCAUAGCGCCAGCCAGCCUGUUUCCCCAGGAGAAUGGGGAUUUGCUUUAGAUCCUUGCCUCUGGAGAAAUAGACAACCCAGGCAGUGGCAUCUACUCUUUCAGGUCUUGACAGCCACCUGGGCACACCAGCCCAAUGCUUUCAGGCCUUGGAAAGGUGCUGAGGAAUUCCUCUCCAACCAUGUGACAGCGAUGGGACAAGCUGAAAGUCCUUCCGAAGCGCUCAGAAGUUUGGGCAGACUUAUCCUGUGCUAUUAUUCCUUUAUAAAAGGAAAAAAAAAUCUCAUAGCUGGAGAGCUGGGGCAUCAGGGUGACCGUAACCCAGAAAAUGUAAUUUUCUAAAGGACUCCGUGAAGAGGAAAUGGUUUUGAUUGAGAUAGCAUGAUCCAUGCUAAUUAUUUAAAGCUAAUUUUUAAAACAGAAAAAAAAUCUUGACAACCUCUGCAUUUUAACUGACACCUCAGGGAUUAAAAUCCUAUCUUUUAGUCUAGGUCCCACCUCAUUCAUGAAGAUGAAUAGAACUUACUGUAUUAUGAGAUGUAUUGGAGACUUAGGAUACAUCAAUAACCUCAGAGGAUAAAGGGUUUUAUUUUUUAGUACUCUAUAAACUAUGUAUUGACAUGUGUAUUUGAAAAUGCUGCAUAAAAAUAGAAACCGUGUGUCCUUUCCUUUUGGAGAGAAAAGUCUCAUGACUUCAGAGACUCAUGAUAUUUAAAUAAUAUUUUGUUUAAAAAAAUAGUUUGGAUUUCCAAGAAUGGAAGCCAGAGGUGAGAAUUAAAUCCAAAAUUAGAAUGGUAUCGAAAAUAAACAUUCCAUGAAAAUCUU